GUCAAGACUAGCUUUUUGCGGUUUCCUACACCCUCACACACCCUCAAUUCAACCAGCUUUGAGUUAUUUCGCAUUCACGCAACAUGUCUGUUUACGUUGUCACCGGAGUGUCCAGGGGAAUAGGAUUUGAGUUUCUCCGGCAGCUCUCGGAAGACCCGAAGAACCUGGUUGUUGGUCUGGUACGCGAUGAAGCUGUGACCAAGCAGAAGGUAGCGGCAGAGCUAGGCGACCGCUCUAAUAUUCACAUCCUCCGUGGAGACCUCACCGAUUACGGCACCCUGAAGCAAGCCGCGGCUGACACGGCUGAGAUCGUGGGCGAGCGUGGUGUCGACUACCUGGUGGCUAAUGCAGGCUUGGUGCCCUACCUGGACACCUAUGGACCUAUCGGCGCGUUGGCCGAUAAGGCUGAGGAGGUUGAGGCAGUCUCAUCGCAGCUGUGGCAGACCAACGUCGUCGGUAACAUCCACCUAUUUCAUCUCUUCCUGCCUCUUGUCCUGAAGGGCCAAGUCAAGAAGGUCAUUACCAUCUCUACCGGUAUGGCCGAUCUCGACGUGAUCAACGACAUCGAGAUUGAUGUUGGUGGUUUAUAUGCUGCCUCCAAGGCGGCCAUGAAUAUCAUCGUGUCCAAGUUCAACGCGCAAUACAAGAAAAAUGGUGUCCUCUUCCUGAGUAUCAGUCCCGGUUUUGUGGAGGUGGGUCGCUACACGGAUGCCACUCCGGAAGAGGUCCAGGGCUUGACAGGACUCAUGGGCAAUCUUACAACCUAUGCGCCUCACUUCAAGGGUCCGAUCACUCCGGAAGAAUCCGUCCGACAUGUCAGGUCGACUUGGGAGAAGGCUAGUAUCGAGGGUGGGUUUGGCGGUGCGUUCAUCUCGCAUCUUGGAAACAAGCAGUGGUUGUAAGAUUUCCCGAGAAUAUAAGAUGUUGCAAAGCAUACUACUAGGCUGCAAAUAUAUCUAGACAUUUUCUGCGCUCUGUAAGUAAUCUUUGGCACACUU